AUGAUUGCGUUUGGAAAAAACAAAAGCUAUUUAGUAUUGCCCUUUCCCAAUAUCACAAAUCAAAAGAUGAGAGACUUGUCAUCAAUUCAGUCACUUGUAGCCAAUACCGGCCCAUUUAAUGAAUACCUGGAUAUCUAUUCCGCCAAAGACUCAUUCCAAGCGCUUCAAUCGAGUAAGAUUCUCGUGAUUGGAGCUGGAGGUCUUGGUUGUGAAAUUCUCAAGAAUUUAUCCAUGACUGGAUUCAAGGAUAUACAUAUUAUAGAUAUGGAUACAAUCGACUUGAGUAAUUUGAAUCGUCAGUUUCUUUUUCGUCAUGCAGAUAUUGGCAAGAGUAAAGCUGAAGUUGCGACAAAGUUUAUUCUUGAAAGAAUAGGUAAUCCUGGUUUGAAGAUUACACCUCAUUUCAAAAAGAUUCAGGACAUGAAUCUUGACUUUUAUCGAAGUUUCCAGGUUAUCAUCAGUGGUUUAGAUUCAGUCGAAGCAAGAAGAUGGAUAAAUUCUACGCUAUAUGGAUUGGCACAAGAUGAAAAUAUGAUAAUCCCUUUGGUAGAUGGAGGUACUGAAGGUUUUCGAGGACAAAGCAGGGUGAUCAUACCGACAUUAACUUCAUGCUUUGAGUGUUCAUUGGAUCUUCUCAGUGCACAAACAGCUUAUCCAGUAUGUACAAUUGCCAAUACUCCACGACUACCUGAGCAUUGUAUUGAAUGGGCAAGCCAACUAGAAUGGAAUAGGCAAUUUCCGGGAAAGAAAUUUGAUGCUGAUGAUCUUGAUCAAGUGGAAUGGAUGUAUCAGACCGCAAAGAAUCGAGCAAUUGAGUUUGGAAUCGACGGAGUAACAAAGAGUCUAACUUUGGGGGUAGUUAAGAAUAUCAUACCGGCAAUUGCAUCUACAAAUGCCAUAAUUGCUGCAAGUUGUUGUAACGAAGUUUUCAAAAUCAUAACCAAUGUGAAUCCUAUAUUGGAUAAUUAUAUGAUGUACUCAGGAGAUGAUUCAAUCUUCACUUAUACAUAUGCGUAUACUAGGAAACAAAACUGUGCUGUUUGUGGAACUACAGCAAAAACUGUUAAUGUUCAGAAAUGGUGGACUUUACGGCAAUUUAUCCAUGAAAUAAAGUCAAAAAAAGAAAUACAAAUGACAAACCCUAGUUUGACUAGUGGUGACAAGUAUCUUUAUAUGUCGAGUCCUCCUGACUUGGAAGAAGCAACAAGGGGCAACUUGAGUAAGAAAAUGAAGGAUUUAGUUCAUAGAGGUGAGGAAAUUGUCAUUACCGAUCCAAACUUGCCUAUAUCACUUCGAAUAAUUGCGCACUUGGAAGGCGAUGAUGAUGAUCCAGAAUUCACUCUACAUACAUAA